AACAUUAACUUAUAAGUUACUCCAAUUUAUAUAUAGCACUUAUGAAUUAUUAACAAUUAUGCUUAGGAAAUAUUUGCUGCUGGGAUUGAGACAUCAGCAACAACUGUAGAAUGGGCUAUGUCAGAAUUGAUGAAGAAUCCGAAGAUAAUGAAAAGGGCACAAGAUGAGAUUAGAGAAGUCUUUCACAGAAAAGGGUUGGGAAAUGAGAGAGCACUCGAUAAGAUGAAAUACUUAAAAUCAGUUAUCAAAGAAUCCAUGAGACUUCAUCCUAUUUUACCAUUGAUAGUGCCAAGACAAAAUCAAAAGAAGUGUGAGAUUAAUGGUUAUGAGAUACCUGCUAAAACAAACACUAUAAUUAAUGCAUGGGUAAUUGGAAGAGAUUCUAAUUAUUGGCCUGAACCUGAGAUUUUUAAACCGGAAAGGUUCUUAGAUGAUAAUAAUUGUAUUGACUCGAAAUUAGGUAACAACUUUGAAUAUCUUCCAUUUGGUGGUGGAAGAAGAAUAUGUGUUGGUAUGUCUUUUGGUCUCCUCAGUGUUGAGCUUUCUCUUGCAUUGUUGCUAUUUCACUUUGAUUGGAUGCUUCCCAAUGGAGUGAAAAAUGAAGAUUUGGACAUGACUGAGUCUUCUAGAGCAGUCCUUCAAAGAAAAAAUUUUCAACAAGUUAUUCCUAUCACUCAAGAACUGUCAACUAGCACUGCAAAUUAAGAGGAAUUAUGAACAAACAAUCAGGUGUACGUUUAUACAUACAGAUCAAGACAAGGAGAUCAAGUCAUCAACAAAUAAAAGUGGAGAUGAGGAAGACUUGGUUGAUGUUCUUUUGAAGUUUCAUGAGACUGAAGAUCAUCAUAAGUUCACAUUAACUAUGGACAAUAUUAAAGCAGUCAUUUUUGUAAGCUCUCAAUAUAUAUAUAUAUACAUAGUUUGUCAACUUUUAUAUAGAUAUUAUUAUCAAUUUUUGUGAAAAUUAAUUAACAUUCUUAAUUGGUGACAAAAUUUUCAGAACAUAUUUGGAGCUGGAAGUAAUGCAUCAGCAACAACUUUAGACUGGG